UCCUGCGCAGGCCUAGUACUGCUUGCGCCUUAGCCGCGCAGGCGCUAUACGCGCUUGGCUGGAGCCGCGCAGGCUCGGUGGUCCAGGAUGGCGGAGUUGAUUCCCUUUGCGGUUCCCACCGGGAGUGACAAAACUUUGCUGGUGUGGGAUUUGAACUCUGGACCCACUGCAGAGGCCUUGCAUCGGUCUCUGUCCACAGCGCUGUCCUGCUUCGGCCUCCUGCACUCGGUCCGCGUUCUCCCCAACGCCUCGGUGGCCCGGCCUGGUUUCUACGCCGUGGUCAAAUUUUACUCGGCCAGAGCUGCCCGAAGAGCCCAGCAGGCUUGCGACGGAAGGCCGCUGGCCCAGAGCGCCCCGGUGAAGGUUCAUCUUGGGAACAGACAUAAAGCAGUUCGACACCAGACCCUUCCCCUGAACAGUUCACGAUGCCAAGAGUUGGCAAAUUACUACUUUGGUUUCAAUGGAUGGUCAAAACGGAUCAUCAAGCUGCAGGAGCUUUCUGAUGUUGAAGGAAGGGAAGAUGCAGCUCUUGCGACACCGGCACAGGCAGGGAAGAAGAGCCUGAAGUUCCUGUGUGCUGUGGAGGUGGUGCUGCCGGCCUACGAGUGCAGGAGCCCUGGGUCCGCCGUUGUGGAGGGGCCUCUGGAUGAGCUGGAGGAGGGGCCGAUGGCAUUGCUUAUGAAGAGAAAGGUGGCCCAGAAGCUUGCUGCUCAGAAGGCUUUGACAGACGCAUUCCAGAAAGUGUGCAUCGUGGCUCUGGAGAGUGGUAAGAUAGCUGUGGAGUACAGACCCGGAGGGGAGACCACAGGUACCAGAAACGGAGGACUUCAGGGUUUAAUGCAGGUCGGAUGCCUUGCUUGGGAGCAGUACAGCCAAGGGGAGGAAGAUUUCAGGGAUUUCAGCGUGGAGGAGGACGAACUCAGGCCUCUAGGAUGGGACCAGCCGGUGACCUAGGUGGGAUGCUCACCCUGCCCAGCCCCACGCCAGCUCUGAGGCCACGUCCUGCCUGCUGGGGAGCGGCUAGGCCUGCUCACCGAGGGAGAAGCCUGCCCCUUUCCUCAAAGCCCAUCUGGGUUAGAUCCUAAUGAAGGUUUGGUAACCAGGCGUCAUAGAUGAGGGCAAGCAGAGGUGGGCUGGGGUGGGAUGUGGCCCGUUGCCAGGUACAGUCAAGUGGCUGCCCUGCAGGUGUGGCGCUGACACCCCACUGGCCUGGAUCACCCCGCCCCAGCAUCUGCAGGUAGUGUUCCUCUGCACACCUGGCCUCUGUUUCCUCGCGUGGUAGCUGUGGCUCUGGUCCUGGCCGCACCCUUUCUGGAGUGGACCUGACACCUGGUCCCACUGGACCCUGAUCCCCAGGCCUGCUAAGCUCUGGUCUUUGCUCCAGUCCCACCUGAAUCCCUCUUCCCCACCCUGCAUACCCCGGGGCCUUUGAAGGCCUGGGGUCCUCUGCUCCCACCUCAGGAGUGGCCUGAGGGUUUGUUCCCGUUCCUGGACAGGGAUUCAGCUGGACAGCUGUCCCUAGAGCCACAUCAGGGUCUGUGGGGUGAAUUCACGUGGCCAGAGAGAUACCCACAGGUGGAUCUGCUGCCAGAUGGGGAUCAGAGCCAGACCCUGGCUGUGCCUCCGUGACUCAGGAGGAAGAUCUGACUGCCUGCCACUGGCAGUACCUGUUCCUCCUCUAGAGAUGGUCGGGGUCUAAAAGCAGCAGUGUUACUCUUUCCCCCUUGAACCUGGAGGAGGAGCAGCUCAGCAUCUGUGACUCGCUGAGGUGGAGGUGGGAACUCCAUGUCAACUUGUAAAACCUAAGCUUCAGAAAAAACUUCACUGGAUGAUUUUGUAGACCAAAGUGCGGACGAAGAUGAGCACGACAGCCUUGAUCCAGAGACCCAGAAGAACCCAGAUGAGCCUCAGAGGCCCCUGGACAAACUGCACCUUCUCAUUUCCAGCUGGAGGCCCAGACUCUCCACCCAGAGACUCCCCAGGUCCAGUCCUUUUCUCCUCAGCAAGAAACCACAGCUCAGUUCUCACAGCCCGGAGGAAGGGGAACCUUCACCCAGCAGGAGGCCCAGGGUCAGCCUGACCUUGCUGCUGAGGAGGGUGGAGCAGCUGUUGGUGCUCAGGAGGUAAAAGCUCCAUCUCCAGGUCGGAGGGAAGCUCGUCACUCACAUGAGCCAUUGGUCACAGUUAAUGCGGCUGUGGAGGACAUGAGGACCAUGCAGGGAGAGGAGGAGGCUCAACCUCCUCCAGCCCGCAGGAGGCCCCAGCUCAGCCUCCAUGCUCUCUUGAGAAGACUGAUCCUUCCCCCAUGAGCAGGAACAGCCAGAUCAACCUGUUGAGGCGCCGGAGGAGGUGGAGCCUUCUGGAAGCCCCAGGUCAGCCUGCCAUCCCCCGGAAGAUGUGAUACUGACACAGUCAUGACACGGAGACCACCAUGGGGGCAAAGGACAAACUCACUCCCGGGCCCUUACCUUGUUACUCAUUAAAAGCACAAUUUGUUUUCUUCUGAGAUAGUCAGGGACUUAAAAGCAGUAUUUGCUAAAACCUGUGGCCCUUCACUCGGGCCUGCACAUGCCCAGUAGGUAACUGACAGGAGAAUGAAGCUUGGCCUUUUGUGAAACUGGAUCAGAUUCUCAGCUCUGCAUAUUGGCAUGUUAGUCAUUUGGGAGUCUUCUAACAGAAUGAAGUUUAUUGGCCCUAGAUUUACCUAGCCUGUUCCAUUCAUCCCUUUCAAGAUGACACCAAGGUAAAACUAGUUCUCAGGGUUCACAAGGACAUCCGAUGGUCAGCCCUUAUAGGCCUCCAGCCAUUGCCCUAAACCCGCGCUCACCUGGGUUCCGGAACAGGGACGACCACUGCAUGGAAUGAAACCAGAACCGCUGCCCAAGGCACGAAGAUCCAGACGGGAAAUCAGGACUGAGUCCUGAUCAGUGGGACCCCGGCCACCGCUGCCAAGCCUUAGAAACCGCUUCCUGCUUUGUGGGUGUGGUGCCCGGCGCCCUGCGUGGGACUGGGCCCCUCACCUCCUCAGGCUGAGUUCUCUGCCUGUUGCUGUCACUUUCCUUGGAAGGGGACCGGCUUGAUCUUGGUCACAGUUGUGCUCCCUUUAUUUUCUCUUAAUUAAAGUUUUUGCAAAUUCA